AUGAAAGAAUCUGAGUCCACAUCGGAUUUCUGUUCAAGGUUGAUGGCUGUUGUAAAUCAACUAAGAAGAUAUGGGAAGGAAGUAGAUGAUGUGCGUGCGGUAGAAAAGAUAUUUCGUUCUUUAACACCUAAAUUUGAUUAUGUGGUGUGUGUUAUUGAGGAGUCUAAAGAUUUAGACUCUAUGACAGUAGAACAAUUGGAAGGUUCUUUACUAGCCCACGAAGAGAAAAUGAAAAGGAGAAAAGAAGACCCACUAGAGCAACUUCUUAAAACUCAGGCAUCCUUCAAAGGAUUUAAAGGUGAGAAAAGUUACAAAGGAAAUGGACAAUGGCGAGGCCGUGGAGGUUGUGAAGGCAAUGGAAGAGGAAAAAGUUAUACCAAUAAAUUCAACAAUGAAGAUAAGAGUCACCGGUCAUUCAGAGGUUGUGGCCGUGGUCAACGAGGAGGAAGAGGACGUGGAGCCUAUCAAGAGACAGUUAAUCUUGUUGACAACAACAAAGACGAAGAUGAGUCAACGUUGUUAUUAGCACUCAAAGAAGAUACAGAUGAUUGUAGUUCAUGGUAUCUUGACAGUGGAGCAAGUAAUCAUAUGUGUGGCCACAAAGAUAAGUUUGUGGAGAUAAAGAAAACGGUGAAAGUGCAUAUGGCAAAGAAUAGGUUGUUCCUUUUGAAUCCUAAAACAAUCGAUGCAAAGUUUCUGAAGGCUAAUGUGCAAGAUGACUCAUGGUGUUGGCAUAUGCGAUUUGGGCACUUGAACUUUGAAGCACUCAAAUCAAUGGGAGACAAGAACAUGGUUGAUGAGAUUCUGUCAAUCAACCUGCCAAAUUAG